AAAUGACGGCGUUCUGUUGCAAUGAGAAAGCCUCUUUGUGUGUUGUCAACGUAUAUAAGACAUUUCUGCCGCAGUUUCUUUCUUUGGAAUAAUGUCGGCUGAAUAUGAUAAUAGAGACAAUGGCCCAGAGGGCAUGGAGCCAGAUGGGAUCAUUGAGAGCAACUGGAAUCAGAUCGUGGACAGUUUUGAUGAGAUGAGCUUGCGCGAGACUCUGCUCAGAGGAAUUUAUGCAUAUGGUUUUGAGAAGCCUUCCGCGAUCCAGCAGAGAGCCAUUGUCCCUUGCAUCAAGGGUUACGAUGUGAUUGCUCAGGCACAGUCUGGCACUGGGAAGACUGCCACCUUUGCCAUUUCCAUCCUCCAGCAGAUUGAUGUGGAACUGAAGGACACCCAGGCUCUGGUCCUGGCUCCCACAAGGGAGCUGGCUCAGCAGAUCCAGAAGGUGGUGCUGGCCCUGGGUGACUACAUGGGUGCCAGCUGCUAUGCCUGUAUUGGCGGAACCAGCAUUCGCAGUGAAGUCCAGAAGCUGCAGGCUGAAGCCCCACACAUCGUGGUGGGAACCCCUGGCCGCGUCUUCGACAUGCUGACUCGCAAGAACCUCUCUUCUAAGCACAUCAAAAUGUUUGUGCUGGAUGAGGCCGACGAGAUGCUUAGUCGAGGGUUCAAGGACCAGAUCUACGAGAUCUUCUUGAAACUGUCGAGCAGCACGCAGGUUGUCCUCCUCUCGGCCACCAUGCCAGCUGAUGUUUUGGAGGUCACAAAGAAGUUCAUGCGUGAACCUGUCCGAAUCCUGGUGAAGAAGGAGGAGCUGACCCUUGAGGGCAUCCGCCAGUUCUACAUCAAUGUGGAGAAAGAGGAGUGGAAGCUGGACACGCUGUGUGACUUGUAUGAAACCCUGACAAUCACACAAGCUGUCAUCUUCAUCAACACGAGGAGGAAAGUGGACUGGCUCACUGAGAAGAUGCACGCCAGAGAUUUCACCGUGUCUGCUCUGCAUGGUGACAUGGACCAGAAAGAGAGAGACUUGAUCAUGAGGGAGUUCCGCUCUGGCUCCAGUCGAGUCCUCAUUACCACUGACCUGCUGGCCAGAGGUAUUGAUGUCCAGCAGGUGUCCCUGGUCAUCAACUAUGACCUGCCGACCAACAGGGAGAACUACAUCCACAGGAUUGGUCGGGGUGGUCGUUUCGGAAGGAAAGGAGUAGCCAUCAACAUGGUGACUGAGGAUGACAAGCGAACCCUGAGGGACAUUGAGACGUUCUACAACACCACCGUUGAGGAGAUGCCCAUGAAUGUGGCCGAUCUUAUCUAGAAGAAUCCACACGCCCUUCGUCCACACCCACCCCGCCUAUUUUAGAAGUCAAACGUUGUUUCUUAUACAAUCUGAAUUCUAAGAACUUCCUUUUGCUAAAUUCCACCCUGACUUUACCCUCUACACUCUAAGGGAAGGAAGAAUGCAGCCAUUAUUCCUUCCUAACCUUUGUAAAUUUUUUUUUUGCCGUCUUGGAAGGAUGAGUUACUGACUGCCUCAUCAGCUUGCUGUAGUCAAUUACCCACAUAUUGGCACCAAAAUUGUCCCUGCAGCUAAUCCCCCGCCCCCAAUUUAACACAUCCAUUUGAACAUUUCAGAUUGAUAUUUUGCAAACUGAGAACUUAAAACGAGUGCAUUUGUUACUGUGUCCCACAAGUGCAAAACAUGACUGCGUUUCCAAAAGCACAUUUAAAAUAAAUAUAACAUUUAAAUAAAUAGCUCUGACUGUCAGGAUAAGCUUGUCAUAAAUUAUCAACUUGGCCCGAUUGAUAAAACACAAUGCUAAUACGAUGAUUGGCGCUUUUGUGAAAUGUGGCUGUGAUUUGCACCUGCACAGCCGGUCGCCAGGUGCUGCACCGCCGGUGACUCAUAGAUGAGCGGUUUAGACUGCAGUUUAGUUUAACAUAACAAUGAUCGAAAUGAAGUGCUGCAUUUUGACCGAUCAGUAUUUAAAACAACCUUCAGUGUACUUAAAAACAGCCUUUAACACACAUCCAUGAUCAUGUUAAGAACAGCGGUUUUGGGACUAGCGUACACAGGGCAUAUUCAAUAAAAAGACCUGUAUAGUAAAAUCCA